CACAUGCGCACACAAACAAAUCAGCGAGGCAGGAAAACACAGCAGCCGAAUCCGAGGCGGAGUAGCUAAUAAAUAAGUUAGUUUACUGACUGGGUCGGCUGUUUGUGUCUCUACCUUGUCUUCGAAAUGGGGAAGGCUGAUUUUCUAAGUCCAAAGGCGAUCAGUAACAGGAUUAAAGCGAAAGGUCUUCAGAAGCUGCGCUGGUACUGCCAGAUGUGUCAGAAACAGUGUCGAGAUGAAAAUGGGUUUAAAUGCCACUGCCUGUCCGAGUCCCACCAGAGACAGCUGCUGCUAGCCUCAGAGGAUCCAAACCAGUUUAUGAGCUACUUUUCAGAGGAGUUUAAGAGUGAUUUUUUGGAGCUGCUCAGAAGACGUUUCGGGACGAAGCGAGUUCACAACAACAUUGUGUAUAAUGAGUACAUCAGUAAUCGGGAACAUGUUCACAUGAACGCCACCCAGUGGGAGACUCUCACAGAUUUUACUAAAUGGCUGGGAAGAGAAGGUUUUUGUAAAGUGGACGAAACGCCGAAGGGCUGGUACGUUCAGUACAUCGAUCGGGACCCAGAAACAAUCCGCAGGCAGGAAGAGCUGGAAAAGAAGAAGAAGCAAGAUCUGGACGAUGAAGAGCGCAGUGCCAGGUUCAUUGAAGAACAAGUGCGGCGAGGCAGAGAGGGCAAGGAGCCUGAGGAGGAGCCAGUGUUUACUGAACUGAAGAGAGACAAUGAGGAGGAGAAAGUGACCUUCAACUUGGGCAGUAGCGCCGCUGUAGGACCUUCUAAAGCAAGUUCGUCUCUGGGUCCAAGUGGGUUUAAAGUCACCCCUUCUACCAAGAGGAAAGACCACUCCCACAGCGCCAACUCCAAAGACAAGAAAAAGAAAUCUGCACUGGAUGAGAUCAUGGAGAUGGAAGAGCAGAAGAAGAAGUCACUGAGGUCAGAAAACUGGAUACGGCCAGACAUAGUGGUCAAAGUCAUCACCAAAAGACUAGGAGACAAAUACUACAAGAAGAAAGCGGUCAUUCGGGAGGUGCAGGAUAAGUACACAGCUGUGGUAAAGAUGAUCGACUCAGGUGACAAACUGAAACUGGACCAAAGCCAUCUGGAGACAGUCAUCCCAGCACCAGGUAAGCGAGUAGUGAUUGUGAAUGGACAGUAUCGGGACGCAGAGGCCAUUCUGGAGGGCAUUGAUGAGAAAAAUUUCUCUGCCACUCUCUCAAUAGACUCGGGUCAUAUGAAAGGGAAGAGAGUGGAGGGCAUUGCGUAUGAAGACUUUUCCAAGCAGGCUUGAGGUGUUUUUUGUACUGUACAGCUGAAUUCAUCCACCCUGGGAAGCCUCUACUGUGUCAGAGUGUUCUUCAGGAUCCCUUUUCUUUCUUUUUUAUUUUUAUUUCAUUUUAUUUGGCAAUGUCAUCAGCAGUGUCUACAGCUAAAAUCAUCUACAAUUAAAGUGUACUAUGAUGUAAACACAAGUAUCUGAAUGGAUUCACAGUGACAUUUAAAGAAAGGAGAAUGUCUAUACUGUUUGAACAAUGUACACUCUUUAAUUCGAUUCAAUUCAUUUUACUGGUAAUUGGCAUAUAAA